AUUAUCAUUAUAUUCCUAACAUAUCUAUAUUUCCUUUUCCCCUUAAAAUUCUGAAAACUUCCAUAAUUCCUUUUUAUAAAGGGUAUAUACUUAUGCUCUUAGCCUUACACUAACCUUUCUUCUGCUUUGCCGUCUACUUCGCUCUUCCACCAAAAAAAAAAAAAUAAUCAGAUUUUUCAAUCCCAGAAAUUGCUUUUCUUUGAUUAGUUUCACCCACAAAAAAAAAAAAAGAUUUCAAAUCUAAUCAAAACUAAAUCAAACCCAACCAAUGGGGUUGCUUUGUUUUGGUUGAUUUGAUUUCUCAUUAACCCAAAACUCAAAAGUCCUUUUUUUUGUUGUUGGGUAACUUAAGUUUCAAAUAAAUCUGUGAUUUUUUUGGGUAAAAAGUGAUAAAGAUUUCAUCUUGCAUUGUUUUUGUUUGAUUUUAACAAUGGCAGAAAAACCCACAAAAAAAUACAUCACAUCUGAAGAAUUGAAGGUUCACAACAAACCAGAAGAUCUAUGGAUUUCAAUUCAAGGAAAAAUAUAUGAUGUUACAAAUUGGUCAAAAGAACACCCAGGUGGAGACAUUCCACUCCUAGCACUUGCAGGGAAUGAUGUUACAGAUGCAUUCAUAGCAUAUCACCCAGGUACUACAUGGCAUCUUCUUGAUAAAUUCUUUAAUGGGUAUUAUUUGAAGGAUUAUCAAGUUUCUGAGAUGUCAAAAGAUUACAGAAGACUUCAUAAUGAUUUAUCUAAAAUGGGUUUAUUUGAAAAGAAAGGUCAUGGUGUUAUUUACAUCUUUAUAUCUAUAUUCAUUAUGUUUACAUUGUGUGUUUUGGGUGUACUUUACUCUGAUAGUAUGUUAGUGCAUCUGUGUUGUGGUGCAUUGUUGGGUAUGGCUUGGAUUCAGAGUGCUUAUUUAGGUCAUGAUUCUGGACAUUAUCAGAUUAUGGCAACACCUGGUUAUAAUAAGGUUGCUCAGAUUCUUACUGGUAAUUGUUUGACUGGAAUUAGUAUGGCUUGGUGGAAAUGGACUCACAAUGCCCACCACAUUCUGUGUAAUAGCCUAGAUAAUGACCCAGAUCUGCAACACAUACCUGUUUUCGCCGUUUCGACAAAGUUCUUCCACAAUAUGACAUCAGUUUUCUAUGGAAGGAAGAUGGAUUUUGAUCCUGUUGCAAGGUUUCUUGUGAGCUACCAACAUAUGACAUAUUAUCCUGUGAUGGUUGUUGCUAGGAUUAAUCUGUAUGUGCAAACAUUUUUGCUGUUGCUCAACCCUAACAGGAAGAUCAUCAAUAGGGGUCUUAACAUAAUGGGGAUCAUGGUGUUUUGGACUUGGUAUCCACUCCUUGUUUCUUGCCUGCCUACUUGGGAAGAGAGGAUAUUGUUUGUGCUUUCAAGUUUCGUGGUUACUGCGUUCCAACACAUCCAAUUUACCUUGAACCAUUUCUCUGCGGAUGUUUAUGUUGGUCAGCCUAAGGGGAACGAUUGGGUCGAGAAACAAACCUUUGGAUCGAUUGACAUUAAUGUUGCAUCUUAUAUGGAUUGGUUGUUUGGCGGGCUGCAGUUCCAGCUCGAACAUCAUUUGUUCCCUCGUUUACCUCGUUGUAAUCUCAGGAAGGUUUCCCCUGUGGUUAAGGAUUUAUGCAAGAAGCACAAUAUGCCUUACAGGAGUCUCACUUUCUGGGAGGCUAACAUUUCGACUCUCAAGACCCUCAGGGAUGCGGCUCUUCAAGCUCGUGAUCUAACCAAUCCCGUUCCUAAGAAUUUGCUAUGGGAAGCUGUCAACACCCAUGGUUGAUUCCAUUAACCACCUGAUGUCAAAACCCAUGGUUGAUGGCUUGAUGCCAUUCCCAUACAAGUUUUGUUUUCUAUUAUGCUAUGUCUUCAUGGUUGUUUGAUCUCUAAGACAUUCGAGUAGAGGAUUUGUUCAUUUUAUCUGCUGUUGCAGCUCCCAUGAUCCACUUCUUUUAGGAAUCUCACUUCAUAUAUAUGUAUCUAUUAUCUAUUUUCCUUUAUGAGAAUGAAAACAUUAUUAGUUAUUAUAA